CAUUCACAUUGACUGCAGCUUGCAUUAUUUUCAAUAGCAAUCAGACUCUCACUGUUUUCACUGUUGAGACGGAGGCUCGUUACACCUAUUCUCCAUCACUCAAGUUCUUUGCCUAUGCAAAUAUCAUUGUAUGUGCCUUCUCUAUUUUUUCUCUGUUUCUUGCUUCCAUCAUUGGUCGUAAUGGUCUUCACCCAAACAAGUAUUUUUGCCUCUUCGUCCAUGAUAUGAUUAUGAUGUCAGUAUUGCUGGCUGGAUGUGCAUCAGCAACAACAAUUGGAUAUGUAGGAAAAUACGGAGAGAUGCAUUCAGGGUGGAUGCCAAUUUGUGAUUCUGUUGCAAAGUUCUGUCAUAAAAUGAUAGCUAGUGUUAUUUUCUCCUAUUUUGGGGUUAUUUUCUAUUUAUGCCUUACUAUCCUAUCCGCAAAUCAAUCUAGGAAUAUCGAAGUUUAAAAUAAUAUCCCUGAUAAUUAAUUAAAAAAAACAGGCAGUGUAUUAUUAUAAUAACAGUAUAAUUUAUUUUACCAUGUGGUAUCAAGGAUGGAAGAAAAGGAAAACGUAUGUAAUGCAGAUGCAUUUAUAUUAAAUUUGUUGCAGAUUGUACGAUAUUUGGUGGAAUCAUAAAUGAGUUGAAUUUAAUUAUGACUUC